AUGAGUAAACGUUAUAUUAUUAUCCCAAAUUUACCUGAUAUCAUUUUAAAACAUAUAUUUUCUUAUUUAUUGUAUGAAGAUUUGUUAAAUUGUGAAUUGGUUUGUAAAAGAUGGCAAAAUUUAGUUUUAAAAACAAUGAAAAAAGAUAUUCAUGAAGUUGUUAUUGAACAAUUAUCAAAUUGUAAAGUACAAAUAAUUCAACAACCAGCAUUAAAAAGACUUACAAUAACAUGCCGAAAAAAUUCAUAUGAAUUUAUUGCUGGAAUAUUAAGAAGAUCACAAAAUUCAUUAGAAAAAGUUACAGCUGACUUAAGUUUUUUUACAAAUAUUCAGAAUGUUCAUCUUCUUCAUAAGGAAGGAAAAUAUAAAUAUUUUCCAAAUACAGAAAAUUUAUGGAUUGUUGUGACAAAUUGUGAAACAACUGAUAUUGAAAAAUUAAAAGAAAUUGAAGAUCGUCUAUUUACGAAUAUACAUUUUCUUACAUUUCAAGCACAUGUUAAACAAUCUCAAAUACAUAAUAUUUCAACUUUAUUAUUAAUGUUUAUAAAUAGACACAAAAGUGUUGAAAUUAAUAUUGAGUUACAUGCAGAUAAGGCAGGACCAAUACUAGCACAAUUAGGAGAAUUAAAUAAUCUUAAGAUUCAACAAUUAAAAAUAAUUUGUACAGAUUUUGAUAGACCAAUUUUUCCACUUGAUGGUUUAAGAGAUAUUAUGAUUAAAAAUAAACUUGAUUGUGAACGUCUUGUUUUACGUGAUUGGUACUUACAUUGUAAUGGAAUAGAACCAUUAGGAAAUAAAUGUUUAACUUCUAUUCGUAUUAGUUCCUCAACAAUUGGCAAUACAACAUCUUUUGUGUCAGCUAUCAAAAAUACAAAAGAAAAUAGUUUAUUAUCUAAACUUGAGAUGGUUGGAUUAUGUAUUUUUUCUGAUAUUAAUUAUCUUAAUGAUAAAGCUCAUCUUGAAUUUGAAUAUAGGAUUAAUUGUACGUUAAAUGAUUUAAUUGUUGAUUGUAAUGAUAUUUAUUAUAUUUCAUAA